UUUUGUGUGUCGUGUUCCUGUUAUAAGAAAAAAAAAAUAGUGUGACAUGGCACCUUCAGGGAGCUGCUGAAGUCACAGGAAUUGAAAUUUGUGAGGCGAGGUUCUAGGGUGGGUUAUGAAUCUCUUUUAUUCCUUUCUGCUGGCUGAAUGUGAGCCAGCAGUGUGCCCAGGCAGCCAAGAAAGCCAAGACGUCCUGGUUGUAUCAGCAGAAUUGCACCCAGCAGCAGCAGGAGGCGAUCAUCCCUCUGUACUCAGCCCUGGUGAGGCCACACGUGGAGUGCUGCGUUCACUUUGGGCCCCUCACUACAAGAAAGACACAGAGGACCUGAAGCAUGUCCAGACAUGGAGCUGCAAAGGGUCUGUGAAAGGUUGUUGUGUGCUGAUGAAACACGAGCUGACUGAGAGGCAGACAAGGUGCAUAAGUUUCCUGCAGGUAUAUGAAGCUGGAGUGGUAAAGGCUUUGCAGGACUUGGCACCUGAGAUACUGAAAUCUGCAUCCAAGAUCUACGGGAUAUCUUCAGGAUCGAUUGUGGCUGCAUUUGCAGCAUGUGAGUGUGAUAUAGGUGAGAUGCAGCAGUACCUCCAUAGUGCUGGGAAACUCUUUUUCACCACGCUCUUUACAGCUCGGGGGAAAGUCCUGCUUGUUGUAAAGGAAGCCUUAAGUAAAUUUCUGCCUGCCAAUGCCCACCAGCUGGCAUCUGGGAAGCUGCACAUCAUCCUCACCCGCCUGCGUGACUGGAAUUGCGUGACGGUUUCAGAGUUUGCUUCAAAGGAGGACAUCAUUCAGGCCGUGUUAUGCAGCUGCUUCAUCCCUCUGUGUUUUGGCUUUAUCCCUCCUCUGUACCAUGGGGUGCGUUACAUCGAUGGGGAAUUCGGCAUGUGGAAGACCAACCUCGUGUCCCAGACCACCAUCACCGUGUCUGCUUUAGCUGGUGAAUUUGACAUCUGUCCCAGAGAUUGCCCAGUUCCCUUCUUCGUUUUCCAAAUAGUUGACUGGGUUUUACAUGUAUCAGAACAAAACCUGUAUCGCGUGCAGUGUCUUUUCCAGUGUCCUUCAGCAAAAGUGAGCUGCUUCCUCAGGUACCCAGAGCCACGAGGCCCCUACGGCUGGCCCACCUCUCCUGACUGCCACCUCCCUCCUGCAGAUGCAUUUGGUAUCAAAUUCCUUCCUGAGAACUUUACACUUUCGUUGCACAAAGAAUCGUGUCAGAAAGGUGAAGGGACCCUGCACAGGAAGCCAGGAACAGGAGCACCUUGCUCCAGAGCAACAGACUCUCAGGACAUCACCAAGGAGAAUACAGCAAGCAUUUGUUCAGCAGAUGAACUGGAGGAAGAAGAUAUUUCCACCUCCUGCAACCCUCAGAAAGACGAACGCCGGCAGCUUGUAUGGCUGCAGGAGGACCUUUGACAGCGGAUCCUGCAGUUUCAACACCUGCUGCUUCUUCCACCGAGCCAGGUCUGCUCCCGAGAGGACAACACAAGAGUAAAUAGAGACCCGUCAUUAGAAAUAACCCAAUAAAUGCAACACUUCUUCCUGUCCAGCUGCUCCUGCUGUAGCCCUCGGUAGCUUCAGCCAC